AACUUUUACUGUACGGAGGUUCUGCAAUUACAUUUUUAUAUAACAAUAACAGAAAAGACAGGGAUAGCCAUGGCUUAUCUCGCCGUCGCCGGUGCCGGAUACAGCUCAGUCGCCGGAAUCAAUAACCGGAGGCCAAAUUUUUUCAUACCAAUUAUACCAAACAACACCAUUUCAACGCUCUAUUCCGUCGCAUCUCUGUGCCGGUGCUGCAGAGAACAUGGCUUCAGUAGCGCUUCCGAAUCCGCUUGGACAGAUUUUCCCGUUGAGAACGCGUACGAGCUGUUAGGAGUGUCCGAGACGAGCUCCUUUGACGAGAUUAAAGCGUCGUUUCGCAAAUUGGCCAAAGAGACUCACCCGGACCUCGCUGAGUCAAGGAACGAUUCCACUGCGUCUCGACGAUUUGUACAAAUUCUGGCUGCCUAUGAGAUUCUUUCAGAUUCUCAAAAGAGAGCCCAUUAUGACAUGUACCUGUUGUCUCAGAAAAAACUUAUGCAAAGGCAUUCUGGACAGGGUUCAAAACUGCAUAUUUACAAAUCACAGGCUACUACAUUCAAGGAGAUGGAAGUUGUUGAAUGGUUAAAAUGGUACAGGUUAACUAUAAAUAAUAUUUUGGCAGAAAAGAAGGUGGUAGUUGGAACAGGCUAUUUUGAUGUACUUGAGAGAGAUUUUUAUUCAGCUAUUCAUGCAGCAUACUAUGGUCCUGAAAUUGAUUCCAUGGAGCUUCUUCCUGACUGCUUUGAGGCUGAGGAGAGGUCCUCCUAUGAAACUCCUGAGGUUUUGCACUUAGUUUCAGGACGUGAUCUUUUUGGGAUGGUUUGCCUAGCCAACAGGGUUCCAGAGAUAUCAAUUACUAACAAUGAGAAGUUAACUUCUUUUAGGUCCUUCCAUUCAGGCCUGUGUCAAUCUAUAACACAUUUGAAUGUCCACAGGAAUGCAGAAAGAUCAGAUGAUUUUGAAACUCAUCAAGGUCACAGCUCUAAAACUUCAAGUAUUGUAUCAGAUGCAUAUAGACAUCUAGAAUUGCACAUCAGUGGAAGAGUGGUUGCUACAGCAUCUAGGGCACUACCUAGAUGCUGUUCUGAUGAGAUGCAGACAGAAGAUACUGAAGAUCACAUUCAUGUGUUCCUUAAUUUAUAUGAAGAUCCCAAACAUAUCAGCAGUGAUUUUUGGAAAGAUUACCUUGCAAAUGGUGCAGUUGGAAGAAGAAUUCGUUUGGGAAGCAUAUCUGGACUUGGGAGCAGUCCAGAUGAAGGUUGUUGUUAUGUCUACAAUGAUAAGGGUACAAAGACCCAUGUGAUUAUGAAGCAUAGAACAUUGAUGGUAAAGCAUAUGCACUGGUAUGAAGUGGGUGAGAAAGUUUCAGUUUGUGAAUGUAGAUGCACUAGAGCACGUUUACCCCCAAGCAAAUUUUGGCUAUUUGAGCCUCGUUGUGGCUUCCAUGACAUAGGGGGUUGGUAUGUUGAAACAUAUGGCAAAGAUAAGAAUGGUCGUACAAUGCCAUCACAAAGGUUCUGGGAUGGCUUGGACUAUAGCGAGCAAGCUGACAGAAGACUCCAUCCAGCAAUGUAUUUGUUUGCUCUUGCAUAUCGGACACUUGAUCUUGAAUAUGCCAAAGCAAGCAAGAGAUCAUUUAGGAAUGUUGUUGGAGCACAAAUGUUCCGAAUUCUUCAUUGGUGCAAGAAACUUGUUCAAUAGUUACGAAAUGACUCUUGGGAGGGAUGCUCUGUAAGUACUGAAAGGAAAACUCAUUACGAGCCUCUAGUUGUUCUAUUGAACAGAGCAAAUUCAACUUUUCAUCUGCCUAGUGAUGGAUAUGUUUGCCAAUUACUGAAAUCACUUCACUUGGUCUAGGAUUGGCUGCUGGUGCUGUUUUAAUAUAUAAGGAACCAAUAUCAUGCCUGAGCUGAUUUGCACCAACAUCGAUUUUGUCAAAAAUAUUUUCUGGCGCUACUUGUCUCAUAGUUGUUGUGCAAUCCGAAUAUCCACGGAUAUACAUCAUGGAUUUCUAUGCGUGGAAUAUACCUCUGCGAUUUCCUUUCUGUUAUAAAUCAAAGAUUCUUUAUUUUGGUCAGUAUUUUGGAAGCUAGUUGUUUUGCUGCACAAUGAGUUUCAUCCCCUUGGAGAGGUCAUGGAGCUGGACAAUUUCCUGGAAUUUACUUGGCCAUAAUAGCUCAAGAUCUUCCCAUUUGCAGUACUGCCCUCCUGCUAAUGCUCGAUAAUACCUAUCCCUACAGUAGACAGGUCUUCCAUCAGCAGCCUCAGCAGCAGCAGCUGCUAGAUCAUCAUCAGUUAUCACCUCGACUGGUAAUUUAAGCAGCUCCUCUUUUCUGCAGUAUGCAUUAAAAAAUUGCUAUGACAUGGUGGAAAAACUCUGGAAGAUAGUAAGGGAUCUUUAUGUCUUCUCUUACCUUAAGAGCUUUGUGUUAACCUUGGGAGCUUGAACAGUUGAUUUAAUUUCUUCUUUGGUAAAGGUAGUUCGAAAAAAAUUCUCCAAUGGUGUAGCAAAGAUAAAUAGCAUAACUCCUGUAACAAGCAAUGCUCCUGUCCCAACUAGAGUUUGUUUCAGCAAUUUAACGACUGGUUUAACCUGGGGACAUGGAAUAUACGUGAAUCAUGCUGCAAGAAAUCAAAUUUAACAUAUUGCUCUUCUAGUCUGUAUCCAAAAUCUUUCUGAAUUCAAGCAAUGCUGUGAUACUUUGUGAUGUCCAGUACCUUGUAAGAGCCCAACAAUCUAUCACGAGCUAGGAUCUGCAAAGAAAUUAAGUUUUCAGAUUAUAUUGCCUGAAAUUCCAGAAAUGAAACAUGUCACUGGUUCAUUUAGUAGUAUUAAUAUUUGUUAGCACAUUUCAGCUACACUUUAUUCCAUAUCCUUCAUGUUCACUAAUUCUGAAGACUGCUUGUUGCUUAAUCUAGAAGUAUCUCUUACAAUUUGAAAGCCAAUUACAAGUUGCUACCCUAUUAUGUGUUCACCUUUACCAAUGACCCUGUCUUUUGUAAAAAGGCCAGCAGUUGAUUUUAUCCUACCUAGUGCCAAAUUGCAAGCAAUGUCUAAAAUUGGCUACUUUUAUAUUCAUUGAGGGAGGCAUAUUUUACUGUCAAUAUUCUGCUGUCGAUAGAAUCAUAAAUUUUUCAGUUUGCAAUGUGUAUAUAUCUUAUAGCGCACUGAAUCUACCACCAUCAAAAUGAUUUUGCACGUGUGAUGUUUUCAGGCAUAUUUUUGUUCUGUUCCCUCUAGGUACAGGAAGAAUGUGUAGAAGAGGCUAACCUCGGGCGGCUUGACCCACAUCUGUCCGUCGUACCAUCCACUUUCUUCAUAAGGGAUGACCGCUGAUAGAAGUCUAUCACCAACAUAACUCCAACCCUGCAUUGUAAUUCAAUUAUCUUAACUGCAACAGUUAUUUUAGUGUGAAGGUGCAGCCAUAGCUCAGUCACUUAAUUCAUCGGGUAUAGUUAGUGUGAAUGACAAACAGAUUUACAUUCAGUUGAAAAUCUCAUUAUAAUGUGCACUUUGGCAACAAUAUAAGCAGAAAGCAUGAUGACUACAAAAGUGAGUUCCGACAACUUCCGAUCCUUCGACAAAUGCAUCACAGUUUUGAAUUCAUGCUAUACUACACCAGGACAAAUUUGUUUUGAAAUCUCUGCCUUGCCUCAUCCUCCCCUGUCCCCAGUAAUGAAAUGGCCGUGACAUGAAGAACAAAAGGAAGAUUGGAAUUUAGAACGCACCAGAUAAAUCCUCAAGACAAUCAAAGACACAAUGAAGAGUGUUCCUGUUCCACCAGCUAGUAUAAAUCUUAGAGGCUCCUGCAAGGUUGUGAACGUUAAUGCAGACAUAAGGAAAUUUUAUGAGCGUUAUAAAUGUUGUGUGCAGCUGGCACGUAUUCGUGUGUAUGCAUAGUUGAUUAGUUGAUUAGAUGUUUCAAUAAUUAUGCACAUUUUUAAAAUUGUUCCUUACUUUUGAAGGA